AUGGCCAGGUCCACGAAGCGCCUCCAGCGUCCCAGAAACUCCACCAAAACCCCUUACAACCCUCCAGCACCAAGAUGCAUAGGCCACCAAUCCUGCAACAAGCAAACCUGCAGCCACGCAUGCUGCAAAGCAUCCCUCCCAAUCCGUAAAACCGCCCAAGAAAUCCGACAAAAAAGCUCAUCACCCGAUGACAACUAUGCACCCGCUGCUCCUCUAAUACCCAGAUGCAUAGGCCACCAAUCCUGCAACAAGCAAACCUGUAUUCACAAAUGCUGCAAAGCAUCCCUUUCAAUCCGUAAAACCGCUAAAGUAAUGAGACAAGGAAGCUCAUCGCCCGAUGAUAACCAUACACCGGCUCCUUCCCUGCCCCUCAUACCGCUCAGAGGACUCACGGAGACGAUUCUACAGCAUCUAACUCCUAGAGAUAUCCAAGCUUGCAUCAAUAACAACGAUGACUGGGCCGGCUUCUUCUCCCUUUCGAAAUUCAAACAAGUGAGGUUUCUAGAAGCAGAUACUACAAAACUCGCCCCCGAUGAAACUCGAGGAGAGCGAUGGGAAUGGAAAACCUGCGUGGCGAGAAAAUACAACGWUUUAAUUUUCUAUGAGAAACGCGAGUAUCCAGAUGCCAUACAACUUCUCCUUCGACACGAUCCCUUACAAGUCCGACAUGAUGAUUUCAUGUUGAAGAUGGUCAUCACACAACCUCCAGUGGAGAAAGUUUAUAUUCGGGUAGAGAUGUUUAGUCCUGGAACUUUUCUAUAUGAAGGAAAGGAAAAGAGGGAGAACUYUCAUGAUGCGUUGGAGAUUUCGGUGUCUGGAGGUGUGACGUGGAAGGAUGUUGUUGCGAGGUUCAGGACUGUUAGACAGCAGCUUUGGGAAGCGAAUCCUGGGAGGACGUUUGAUCCGAAUUUUACGAGGGUGGAUAUGGAGGGGUCUUUGGUGCUUUUGGAUUGUGCGUUUAAGUUUAUACUGCCUGUGCCUGCGCCUAGGUGGGUGAGGGAGUUGAAGGAGAGUUUGCAUGGGAAAGAGGAAGAGGAUGGUGCUGGAGAGGUUGGAGGGAAAGAUUUGAUCGAGGAGACUGUGGAUGAUGUUGGUGGAGAGGCGGUGGGGGCUUUGAAGGCGGAUGAAGACUAUGAUAUGGAUCAGGAUUGGUAG